CCUGCAGCUAAGCGACGACCGGAAAUACAGGCCGCGCCUCUUUGACGUCACUUCCUUGCGUGGCCAAAAUGGCGGCGCGCAAGAUUCUCCGGCUCGCGGAGCGCCAGGCGCGCAGCGCCCGCCCUUUGCCACGCCCCCCGCAGCGGAUCAGCCAAUGGCGAGAGGCCCAGGGCCUCUCCCCGAGCUCCUCCGGGCCUGGACCCCUCCGGGACCUCCCAGAUUGGAGCUUUGCAGACGGGCGCCCCUCCCCCCCCUGGCGGGGGCAGCAACGGAGACGGAGCCAGAACGAGGAGCUGGUGCGCCGGGCCCUGGCCCUGAGUCGUUCCCUGGACGCCGCGAAACUUCGGGGGAGCCCCGAGAGGAUCCCAGUACAAACCAGUACGGAGAGGUGAAGCUCCGCCCACUCCUGGCCACGCCCCUUUACCUUAUAUGGAGAAAUAAUAAAGCAAUUGGGACGGA